CAGGAUCUGAGAAUUGAUUAGAGGAGAAAGACGAGUUCUUGUUCUACAAACGCCAGCGGUGGUAGCGUAGAAACAAAGGGCGAAUUCACAGAGAAAAAGAAAGAACAAAUCUCAGAAAGAGAUGAGAGACUUCUUUGGCGUCAGAUCGUUGCGAUUCCUGUUGUUUUUCUCAUCGAUCGCUCUACAAUUUCUUUCUGGAAUUUGCGAGGAUGAUUCAGGAAAAAAUGAAGAGAAGAAGGAAUCUAAGAGUAGUAGUACAGGAUCAAAGAUAGCUGUCAUAUGUCUUGUAAUUAUUGCAGCUGUUUCGUUAUCCUUCUUCCUAUUCAAACUAUGGCAAAAGAAGAAACGUGAAGCGCAAUAUGCACGCCUCUUAAAGUUGUUUGAAGAGGAUGAUGAACUUGAACUUGAACUCGGCCUCCAAGAUUAAACCCAUGUUUCCCAUUUUUAUUAUUCCAAGAUCUUCAGGCUUUCUCAAAAAUGAUGAUUGAAGGAGAAAUGAUGAAGAAAAUCAAGUUUGUAGCAUAAACACGAUGUAGUAAUAUAUAUAUAUCUUAAUUGAAAAAAAAAACAUUUUUAAUACAAAUUCAUAUGAUUCUUCCUUAAAUACGUGUGAAUUAUUAUUAUUAUUAUUAUUAUUUGUUUGAUAGAUAGAGAUA